CUUCCGGUUAGAAUCGACUUAUCUAAUUAUUAUCGUGACUUUAAAAAAAGAUGAGUGUUCUUUGAUACAUUCUCACAGCAUCUCCUCUUUCACUGGUUGGACACUGAAGUUAGAAAUAAAUUGUACGCGUCUAUUUUUGAACUCCCUCCCUAGAACAAAAUCAUGACCGCACAUACUGAUCGUGGCUAAAGCAGACUCGACACUUUUUUUUCUUCUUUUGUUUUCACGAGCCGCACUAAGUUGUAGUAUUCCAACACGCAAGUACUGAUAGUCAGAACGCAAGAAUUUUUCAAUGAAAACACAGUGAGUGAUCGUGAUCACAGUGAGCGAUUAUAAUGGAAUUAUAAUGGAAUACAGAAUUUUCUCUGAACCUAUGAUGGGUACACGGCAAAUGCGUGUAACAAUUUCACUGUUCCUUAUUGCCACAACCUUUGGAUUCUAUUCAUUUGCAAAUGCUGCAUCUGCACAUAUUCAUACCCAUGUACAUAACAAACCUACCCAUGAAAGGACAGAAGACGGUGCAUAUAGUCCACGGGAUGUAAAUCAUUAUGCAGGAGGAGAACAUGAUCAGGAGUUUGAUCAUGAAGCUAUUCUUGGAAGCGCGAAAGAAGCACAAGAGUUUGACAAACUUCCAAUGCAAGAAUCAAAAAGGCGCUUAGGAAUAUUGUUGAAGAAAAUGGACUUGAAUAAUGAUAAGUUCAUUGAAAGGAAUGAAUUAAAAGCUUGGAUUUUACGUUCCUUUAGCAUGCUUUCUGAAGAAGAAUCGCAAGAUCGAUUAGAAGAUGCUGACACUGAUGAAGAUGGUAAAGUUAGCUGGAAUGAAAUUCUACAAGAUACAUAUGGCACAGAUGCAGAAGACUUAGCCAUGGAUGACAAGCUAAUAAAUGAUGAUAAGCAAACAUUUGAUGCUGCUGAUAUGGACAAAAAUGGUUAUCUGGAUGCAGAAGAAUUCAAAGCCUACACACAUCCUGAAGAAACACCUAGAAUGUUUCCACUUUUAUUAAGGCAAGCUUUGGAUGAUAAAGAUAAUGAUAAAGAUGGAUUUAUUAGCUUCCAAGAAUUUAUUGGAAAUAGAGGCAAGGCAGAAGAUAAGGAGUGGUUACUAAUAGAGAAAGAUAAAUUCGAUUAUGAACAUGAUAAAAAUGGAGAUGGUAGACUAGAUUCAGAUGAAAUACUUUCUUGGCUAGUACCAAGCAACGAGGAAAUUGCAAGUGACGAGGUAGACCAUUUGUUCGCUGCAUCCGACGAUGAUCAUGAUAACAGGUUAUCAUUCGAUGAGAUUUUAGAUCAUCAUGACACUUUUGUAGGCAGCGAAGCAACUGACUAUGGUGAUCAUUUACAAGAUAUUGAACGUUUUACUGACGAACUUUGAGAAUAAAUUAGCACAAAUUUUAUCUCUUUUCGUAAUUCCUAUGAUAAUCUUAUACAUGACUGAAAAUAUUUUUAAUACUUCUUAAUGCCACUCUUUCAGCUCUACUAUGUUUUAGUAUUCCUACUUAUCCUACGUUUAGAAUCUAUUUAUAUUACAUCUAGUUAUGCAGAACUAUUUGUAAUUGCACAAAAUAUUUAAAAUACUCGACAAAUAGUAUCUCACAUAUACAGUCUUCCAAUUUUUAUGAAACUUUCGUGCCAUAGAAACGGUGGCAUUACGUUAAAGCUAUAUUGAAACUGUAAGAUUUAUGUUAUAUAUUAUUACAGUAAAAGUUACCAAUUAC